GACCUCAGCCCACUCCUUCUUCUUCUUCCUCCAUCUUCGUUAGGGUUUUUGCAGAGUUGAAAGUUUACAGGCAUUCAUCAUCAUCCGUAGAGUGAAAAGAGUAGUAAUCUUCACCUUUUGUUACCUUCAAUGGAUUCUUCUUCUGUAAAUUCUGCCCAACUUCAGCAUUUAAUCGAUCAAGAAAAGCAUAAGGCAAUUGCUAAUGAAAUGGUGGCAAAGCUUACAAGCGAAUGCUGGGACAAAUGCAUCACUAGUACUCCUGGAAGCAAGUUCAGCUCCAGUGAAUCGUCUUGUCUUUCCAACUGUGCUCAACGCUAUAUGGAUAUGUCUCUUAUUAUGAUCAAACGCUUUCAGUCCAUGAAUUCCUCCAUGCACUGAAGACCCCAACUACUAAUCAAUAUUGUCUCUUAUCUUCCACUAGGUUCAUGUGGUCAGUCAAUUUUCAGUUGAAAAUGUUUUGUAUUUGUGGUACUGCUACUUACUAAAUGCCUUCUCUUGUAAUCAAUUUAUUUUUAGUCCUCAGUUCUCAUAGAAGUCUUUUAUUAUGGAGAAUGGAAGCGGUUUGUGUUUUAGGUCGUGCUUGUAUUAAUGAUUUGAGGGAUUUGUUUAAGAGAAGGAAAGAGGGGAAAAAUUUACCUCCUAUUUCAUUCA